GAGGCAGACCGCAGAGGACUGGUCGCGGUGAAGAGGGACCGAGGGACUGAGAGGGAGGGAGACUUUUAAGCGGACCGGGUAAGCAGAUCGAAUGGUGCUGUUGUAUGUCGAAGCCACACGAAGGACGACGAGGAGCUGCAGCAGCAGCCUCUGCUUCGAAACAACGACAGCAGCAAGAAGAAAGUGUCGGUCGUGUAGGCCUUGUAGAGAUUGAUCGGAUGUUGUGAAUCGAGGGAGGCAGGGAGGGGGAUUGAGAGAAAUAGGGAGAGUGGAAGAGGGAGGGAGGGAGCGAGAGGAGAGGAAGUAUGGCGAGCGCUGGGCUUUUGUCGCCCGUCGUGGCCGUGUUGAUUCUGGCAGGGGCAGUUUUCCUGGCGCUCGAUCCACUGCAGCUGAGCCCAAUCGCUUUCGAGAAGGACUUCAAAGUGCUCUCCGUCCCUCAGCCGACGUUGCAGCUGUUGGCCCAAAUUCCUCGCGAUGAGAAGAACACCCUGAAGAACGCGGAAAUUGUCUAUGGUGGGCAAAUUUUUGGCCCCGAGAGUGUGUUGUUUGAUUCUCAGGGCAGAGGGCCUUACACCGGCGUUGGCGACGGCCGUGUGGUCAGAUGGGAAGGUUCCGAGAAGGGAUGGGUCGAGUUCGCCACCGUCAUUGCCAACAGGACGGAGGUCUGCAAUCCGACGACGCCACUUGCUGCCAAUCUAAAAUAUGAGCAUUUGUGUGGGCGGCCACUCGGUAUACGUUUCAACAAGGAUGGUGAUCUUUACAUAUGUGAUGCCUACUUCGGGCUCUUAAAGGUUGGGGCCGAAGGAGGUUUAGCAGAAGUUUUAGUAAGCGAGGCUGAAGGUCAGAAGAUCAUAUUUGCCAACGACUUGGACAUUGACGACGAUGGAACCGUUUACUUCACAGACAGCAGUUCCAAGUACCCUCGCAGUAAAUUUUUCCACUCAAUAUUGGAAGCAGAGGAGACAGGACGAUUUUUGAAGUAUGACCCUAAAACGAAGGAGACCACGGUACUUGUGAAGAAACUUAGAUUCCCUAACGGUGUCACCUUCAGCAAGGAUAAAUCAUUUAUAAUCAUCGCCGAGACCCGACUUGGAAGGUUGCUCCGCUAUUGGGUGAAGGGACCGAAAGCAGGUACUGUCGAAGAUUUCGUGUGGCUUCCUGGAUAUCCAGACAACGUUCGUACCAACAAGGAUGGUGAUUUCUGGGUGGCACUCCACUGCAGGAGGAUCAGCUUUGAUAGGUUCAUGAACAGUUACCCUAAGGUCAAGCAAGCCUUGUUGAAGCUUCCCAUCAGCAUGAAAUUUCUCUAUGGUAUGUUCAGUGGCAAACCUCAUGCCACUGCUCUCAAGUACAGUCCCGAGGGUAAGCUCUUGCAAGUGGUAGAGGAUUUGAAGGGUGAGACCGUUAGAUUGAUCAGCGAAGUGGAAGAACAUGAUGGUAAACUCUGGUUUGGAUCUGUGCUUCUGGACCACGUGGCGGUCAUCUCCGCCCCUUGAGGUUCUUGAUUCAAGGUUUUGAGGCUCACUUUUCCUCCUUGCACCAAUCACCCUCUCUCAGCAUUCGGGAAACUGCAAGCUUCUGAACCACAGUUCUACCCCGAUUAAACAAGCACUCUACAUCUUUCUUGAGCUGCUACUUGUGAGUAAGUAGGGAUACAAUGUGGUUCUCUACAAAACCCAGGGCGUACAACCCUCUGUUUAUAUUAUGAUGUACCUGAGAGAGUAACUCACCUUGCCAUGUAGUUUACUUAGUUCAGUGUUUAUGGAAGACCCCUUAGAUUUUUCAUCCUUCCAUGUCCAUUUAAUGAAGAAUUGUGCAGGUGUACUUUCGUCAAUCAAACGUCAUUGGAAGACAUAUUUUAUCAUC